UAAUCGUGAUGGACAGGUAUGGAGGACCUCCAAAGUCCGUCUUCACUGUGGAAGACCGUGUCCAGCCGUCUGCCCCCUACCUACCUGUACCACUGGUUAGAAGGGCGGCUGACAGGGGCAAGCUGUUGAUUCAGCUGGUGCUGCUUGUAUUUUCUCUGCUGGCCCUGUGUGGAGCAGCAUCCGAAAUCUACUUCUUAAUGAAGGUGGAGUCCAGGUUAAUGGCAGUUCAGAAUUUGAUUCAAGAAAUCAAUCCUGCACAGAAAAUGAUCUUCAGGCCAGGCUCAUGGGAUGGGCCUCCUAUGCCUUCAGCUCAUGUCACUGGCAUUGUUGUUGUAGACAGUUCUUCAAAUAGUCCUCUUCAGUGGGAACAUGACAAAGGUCUAGCCUUCCUUCACGAGAUUAACUAUAGCAAUGGAUCACUCCUGUGCCCAAAGGAUGGACUAUAUUUCAUAUACUCCAAGUUGCAGUUGGGAUUAUCUAAAUGCCCACAAGACACUGAAAAUGUAGUAUUCACUCAUCAGGUAGUCAAAAGAAGCUCAACGAUAAACAUAUCCAUGCUGGCCAACAUAAGAAGAUUUUGUGACACUCAAGGAUCCACAGUUUGGAGAGGAAGCAGCUUUGUAGGUGGCAUCUUCAUGUUAGCCAAGGGUGAGGAAGUCUUUGUGAGCAUGUCACAUAAACAUCUCAUACGUGUUCAAGGGGACUCUACAACGUUCUUUGGGAUGUUCAUGGUUUAGUUAGCCCAAAAGGAACAUUUUCUUGAAUCUAAAAUGAAUUUCUCAAAGUUCUCUUCAUCAUUAAUAUUAUCUCUACAAGACAUCUUGGAGGAUUUGUUUUUGUAGAUGUCAACCAAGGAACAUGUCUGGUGGUAUGGUCAACAGUGAAGUUAUACCUCCUUACAAGAAGGCCUAUCGAUGAAAACAUAUCUACGAAAGCUCCCAUGGUGUUUGGAAACCAUCUCAGGAGAGCAGACUAUAAUAUGAGGCAAGGGGAAAUAUGACUUUUUAGGGUAUCGGUUAAUAAAUCCAUCUCAACCUCCUGAAAUGCAUCCAAGAAAAGUCAACUGGCAGUGUAAACCAUAAAAUUCUGUGUUGCUUUUCGAGUGCUUUGAUUAGUUGGACAUGUCUAUGGUCAAGAACAAAGACAUGUAGAAGGACCUUUCUAAUUUUCUUGUUUUUCCUUGUUUAUUUAUCCCCUAAUUUAAUCAUGAAGAUGUAUUUUUAAUUGUUGUCCAUUAUAUAAAUGUGUAAAUGAAGAUGGAAAAACCUUAUAAGUGGAAAUGUCUCAAGGGUAAUACCCGUAAAAAAAAACAAUAAAAAUAAUCAGAAAAUUGUAUAACAUAAACA